CCGCAGCGCUGCUUACAGGGGCGGCAGUGCGGGUGUCUGCGCUGUCAUUGGUGGAGACGCGUCGUCACUGUGUCUCCGUCGGUCUGUGAGUGGUGGUGCAGGCUGUCAGUCAGUGUUCAACUGCUGCCGAGACUCCAGAGAGAGGGAGAUGUCAGAGGCUGAGCUGCUUCCUCCCUUCAGUAGCUCUAGUGGGGUUCAGCAGCCAGCAUGGCCACAGCUGCCUCCAGCCCCUACACCUUGCUCAGCUCCAGUCCCAUGAUCCACCCGGACAGCCAGGCCAUGCAGCCUGCGAGCCCCUACAGAGGACACCAGAAACUCCUCCAGAGCGACUACCUGCAGAGCGUCCAGAGCAACGGGCACCCGCUCGGGCACCAGUGGGCGAGUAGCCUGUCGGAGGGCAGCCCCUGGUCGGCCUCUAUGGAGCAGCAGGACGUAAAGCCAGGGCGGGAGGACCUGCAGCUCGGCAUCAUCCAUCACCGAUCCCCGCACGUAGCGCAUCACUCCCCGCAUCACAACAACCAUGGCAACCACCCGGGAGCGUGGGGAACCCCGGUGUCCCACAACUCCUCCAUCAGCGGCGGGCAGCAGAUCAACAUCUACUCCCAGGCGGGUUUCACUGUCAACGGCAUGCUGGACCACGGUGGACUCACGCCUCCAUCCAACCCGCAGGGCCAAGGCAUGCACCCGGGCCUCAGGGACACACUCAGCCCCGAGCACAGCGACCUCGGCGGACACCACUGCCACGACCACUCAGACGAGGAGACGCCGACCUCGGACGAGCUGGAGCACUUUGCCAAGCAGUUCAAGCAGAGGAGGAUCAAGCUGGGUUUUACGCAGGCCGACGUGGGGUUGGCUCUGGGCACACUGUACGGUAACGUCUUUUCCCAAACCACCAUCUGCAGGUUUGAGGCUCUGCAGCUGAGCUUUAAAAACAUGUGUAAACUAAAGCCGCUGCUGAACAAGUGGCUGGAGGAGGCAGACUCAUCCACGGGCAGCUCGAGCAGUAUAGACAAGAUAGCAGCUCAGGGGAGGAAGAGGAAGAAGAGGACGUCCAUCGAGGUGAGCGUGAAGGGGGUCCUGGAGACACACUUCCUUAAGUGUCCCAAACCGGCCGCGCAGGAGAUCACGUCACUGGCGGACUCGCUGCAGCUGGAGAAGGAGGUGGUGCGCGUGUGGUUCUGCAACCGGAGGCAGAAGGAGAAGCGCAUGACGCCGCCGGGGGAGCCGCCGCCGCACGAGGGACCGUAUUCUCACAGCGGGAGCGCGGGAGACGCAUCGUCGUGUCACGAUCUCUGACCCCCUCCACCCCACGGCACAGACUCGCGAGCGCACGCAGGGGCAGCUAGGCGCGCGGCGGCACCGUCCGGUCGCCGCGCGUGUCCCGGUACAGACUCGUCCAGAUGCCUCCAGCACUGAAAACACGACAAUAACAAGAACAGAGAAACCCCUUCAGCCUUCGUCAUUUUUCUAACUGUCAUGAGGGCAUUAUUCUAUAUAGCUGCAUAUCAAACGUCACACUUCUCAUCACACUUUUUUUGUAAAUUUUUUUUUUUUUUUGGAGCUCGCCAAAUAAUUUUCUACAUCACGGAUACAAAAACAAAAAUGUGCCUAUAAUAAUAACCUGCCAGCGCCUUUGGUUUGUGUCACCAUUUCCCAUCAGCUCGAUGACAAUAAUGACAGUGCGGGACUGAUGUGAUGAUCUGUUUUGGCUUCUCUCUCCUCUUCCAUAUGAUCAGUGGAGUGAAACUGAUAAUAAUAUCACUUUUCUUAAUUGAUUUGUUGCUGCACCGGAGGCCAUCUUACAGUCCACCUCACGCUUCCCACGGGCUUUAGUUCUCAGCGUAUUUACAGUCAUUCUUUUCUAACAUACUCGCAGCUGAUGUGUUAUUAUUAUCAUCAUUAUUAUUAUUAUUGUUAUUAUUAUUCUUAUUAUCAUUGUUAUUAUUAUUAUUAUUAUUAUUAUUAUUAUUAUUAUUAUUAUUAUUAUUAUUAUUAUUAUUAUUAUUGCAUAUGCAAAUAUAGGCCCUGAUUCCAGUUGUAGUUAUUGCUGCCAACAUAAUAGCACUUGGAGGUUUUGUUUGUUUGUUUUUAAUUCAUUUCCUCCCUUAUGGCCUGUAGCACA